AUGAGUGGACCCAACAAUUUGACUCCAGUCAACUCAAUCUUCGAGCAUCGACGAGAAACCGCCUCGCUUCUACUGAAUGCGUAUGCUUUGCUGCGUCCAACCACCGCUGUGGUGAUGAGAAUGCUCAACAAAUUAAACGUCACCAGGUCAUCCUCCACUGAAUCCGGCAAGAAGAUUAAGGCAUCAGAUAUUCAGAAACUCAUUGAUAAGUUCUGUCGCCGCCAACGCAAGUCGCACGAUUCGCAUAAGGCUCUUCUACUGGCUCUCGAAGACUGGCUGGCUGACAUACCCUCCCAUUCCACGUCCGAAAUGGCCAUGGAGCUCGUCACACUCAUGGAAGAGAUUUCAAGUCUCCAUGCAAGCCAUUCCGAACUCUUAAAUGGCUUGAAGGUUCAGCUUGGCUCUGUGGCCACGAGAGAAGUCCGUCAACAUACUCUUCUCCGGAAACACGACCAGCUCCAGCGCUCGCAUGAGGCAGUGGACAUGAAGCAUGGACCUCAAUCAAAACAGGCAGCUAUGGUAGUUGAUGAGAUCGAGGAGAACGAGUACAAUCUCAAGUUGAUCGAGCAGCAGUUGGCCAGAAGCGCAAAUACUGGGUUGACUGAAGUGAGUCUCGAGUACUUGAAGUGGUUUCAGUCCGCAUUUUACAACCUCCGGAAAAAAUCCAACAACCUCGCAAAUAUCUUGAGAGAAAACGAAGCCGCCAUGAUUGGCAGCGCCAGAACCUUCGGUCUUGACAGCGGAAAGGCCUUCGAUGACCACUUUAGCUCGGCGAAGUUGAGCCUGGCUACCUUGCUUGAGCCGGAGCUUCAGAGAAUAGGCGCUGUUGCUGCUGCUGUUGGUGGCACGGCUCUGUAUGGUGGCAAAAGAUCAGACUCUGAUGGCACUUCCAUGCUCAAACAUGGUGGGAACAGGAACAUCCACACCGAGCCAAAGAGAGAAGUUUACGAGAGCCGCCACGAUAGCCACUUUGCAGAGACCUCUAUGAGACAGGCUGCUUGGCCUGAAAACGAAAUGGAAGGGUUGUUCAAGGGAAUGGAAGGCUGGUGA